AUGGCUGAGGCCACCCUUCAUAACGUGCCAAUUGUCAUUGACAAUGGCAGUGGAACUAUCCGAGCAGGCUUCGCAGGAGAAGAGAUUCCGUCAUGUUAUUUCCCUUCGUUCGUUGGUCGUCCCAAACACCCGCGGGUCAUGGCGGGUGGUCUGGAAGGCGACUCCUUCAUCGGCCAGCGCGCACAGGAUCUCCGUGGUCUAUUGAAGAUCCGUUAUCCUCUUGAACAUGGUAUUGUUACAAACUGGGAGGAUAUGGAAUCUAUCUGGCACUAUGUCUACGAGAACGAACUCAAGACUCUCCCCGAGGAACACCCUGUACUGCUCACGGAACCUCCGCUGAACCCUCGCGCAAACCGGGAUAUCGCGGCCCAACUCAUGUUCGAGGCUUUUAAUGUGCCAGCAUUGUACAUGUCAAUUCAAGCUGUGCUCUCCCUUUACGCGUCUGGGCGCACAACUGGUGUGGUUCUGGACUCUGGAGAUGGUGUCUCUCAUGCGGUGCCUGUGUUUGAGGGUUUCGCUAUUCCGAACAGUAUUCGCCGAAUCGAUGUGGCUGGUCGUGAUGUCACAGAACAAUUGCAAUUACUUCUCCGCAAAGCUGGGCAUGUUUUGCAUACCAGUGCCGAGAAGGAGGUCGUCCGCAUGAUUAAGGAGAAGGUCUGCUACGUGUCGCUGGAUCCGAAGCGCGAGGAGAAGGAGUGGAUGAACAAUUAUCACAAGUCAGAUGCAAAGGCAGUCGACUAUGUUCUACCAGAUGGACACAAGAUUAAGAUCGGUCAAGAACGUUACCGUGCCCCUGAGAUUCUCUUCGAUCCCGAAUUGAUCGGCCUCGAAUACCCUGGUGUGCACCAAAUCGUGCAGGACGCUAUCACUCGUACAGAUCUCGAUUUGCGCAAGUCACUAUACCUUAACAUUGUGCUUUCUGGUGGAUCGACACUCUGCAAGAACUUCCCCGAUCGUCUUAUGCGUGAAAUCAAGCGACUCGCCGUUGAGGAUAUGAAGAUCCGUAUUUCCGCGCCUGCAGAGCGCAAAUACACCACCUGGAUCGGUGGUAGUAUUCUUGCAGGUCUCAGCACAUUCAGAAAGAUGUGGGUCAGCGCAGAUGAAUGGCAUGAGGACCCCGAGGUUAUCUUCAAACGAUUCGCAUAG